AUGAAGGCCCCCUCUGCUCUCCAGCGCGGCAUGGCCUGCCUCUCUUGCCGCAAGCGCAAAAUGAAAUGUGAUGGCGCCCGUCCGGUCUGUACCCAAUGCAGCAAGGCAAACCGCGGCACCGACUGCGAGUACUAUGAGAAGAAGCGCACCUCCCGCACCCAACUCCUCCAAGCCAAAAUCACCAAGCUCGAAGCACGACUCCGCGAGCUCGAGGCCGAGCAGUCUCCCGACUCCGCAUCCUCCCCCUCCGACCUCUCCUCCCACUAUAUGCGCUCGAGCUCAUGUCCCGCUGUCCCAGAACCCAAUGACUUUGACUUCGGUUUUGACGAUUUCGGCACACCCGAGCUCAACAACGACCUUUUCCUCGCCAACGACAGCUUCUCCGGUCUCGACGACACCAUCCUCCUCUCCGGCUUCCAAGACCCCUCCUCCUCACUGCGCGGUAUGACCUGGACGGGAGAAGAGUUCGACCUCGGUCCGUCCGUUGCCGAUCUUCUUCCGUCCUGCCCCCCAUCCUCUAGCUCGAGCGCACCCAGCCCCCUGGAUUCUCCCCCGGAAUUCUCUCCCAAUUGGUGGGAAAAUAGCUCUUUCUGCGAAGAUAAGCAGCUGCUCCUCGAUAUCUUCUUCGCACACCGCCACCAAUGUGGCUUCGACGUGCAUAUAGGGCGCUUCAAGUCAUCCCUCCUCCUCCCCGCCACCCGCCAACCCCAUCCGUCGCUCGUUGACGCCAUCUACCUCCUCGCCUGCUACUUCUCACGUGUACCGUCAUAUACCGAUCUCGAACCACACUUCCUCAAGCGCUCGCUGAGGGGCAUUGCAGACGGCCUCCAGCACUCCGACCGCAUCGUACAUGUUCUUCAAGCAUCGUGCCUACUCGCCGUCUACUUCUUCUGGCAUGGGCGAACACUAGAGGGCUACUAUCACUCCUCAAUCGCUGCUCGCCUCGCGGUCGGCCUCGGCCUCCACCAGAUUCCGCCACGACACCAGUAUCCUCAGGCCUUCCAACCGGACGCCCCGGUCCCCCUAAAGGCCUCUGUUCCUCUACCCCCGCCGGUAGACGAUGUGGAGUACGCGGAGCGGGUCGCCGCCUUCUGGCAGAUCUUCUCCGUGGACCGCACCUGGGCGGUCGCGACGGGUCUGCCGACCGCGCUUCCAGACGACGACCACCCUCGGUCCCGCAUAGACACCAGCUGGCCGGUGGGGAUCCCGAAUGACCCUGAGCCGACGCUGCAGAACGGGCUGCUUUCGCCGUUCCCCGGCAGUCACCUCUCCGGCUCGGAUUCGACCAGCGGCCUGCGUGUGAAGGCCAUAGCGCUCUUCGAGCGGACCGCCCGCGCCUCGUCCUCAGCGUCCAAGGACGAGAACAUGGCCACGCUCGAGCUCCGGAUCCAGCACCUGUCCGCGCAGAUCGCGUCGCUCUCGAGCGCGAGCGCGCGGUUCGGCGCCGGCGCCGGCGGAGCGUCGGGGCCGACGACGAUGGCGUCCAUGAAGUCGCUCGUGCACGCGUCCGCGAUCCACCUCUACCGCGACGGGCUCGAGCGCUCCGGGGACGCGUACCAGAAGUGCGUCUGGGCGGCGAACUCGAUCGUGAACAUCAUCCAGACCCUGCGCGAGGGCGAGUACGAGCACGCGUGCCCCGGGCUGAGCACGUGCUGGCGCACCGCGGCGGAGGUGUACGUGCAGAUGCUCGCGGCGCACCCCGGCGCGGAGCCGGCGCGGGUCGCGCUCAUCGAGCGGCAGCUGGACGUGAUCGUGGAGGCGAUGGGGCGCCUCGGGCUCGUCUUCCCCGUCGCGAAUCACCAUGCUGCGAAGGUGCAGGACGACCGGUUGCUGGCACGACAAGCCGUGCUCGCCUCCGUUAUUUAA